AUCAGCUGGCGCAGUGUCAACUCAGACGUCAAGGAGGAAGGUUAUAUCGCCGCGCUGCUCCUGGACCUGCUAGCACUUCCAUCUCUCAUUUUACUGCACAGCAACAAGCAGGAUGUGGAACCGUUUCUUGUCGUUCCUGGCGUGGACGGGUUUGUGGGAGCCAUCCAUGGUAGUGUUCAAUAGCGACGCCCCGGUGCUCCGCCAGCCGGUCAACGCAACAGGCAUCGUCGACCUCAGUUCAGACUUCAUGGCAAGACUUCUGGACGGUUACAGCAUGAGUGAUGGCAGCCAACUGUCCUACCUGGCCCUGGAGGAGAGUAUGUUCUACAAGAAAGGCUUCUUGGUGUUGGGAGCACUGCUGCAGUCUGCUGAUCCUCUCUUGAUGGAGCCAGAGGAGCGGAAGACUCUCUUCAUCAAUGUGUACAACUUGCUGACCAUCCAAGCCAUAGUGGGCAGGGACUCCCUCCCAGAGAGCACCAUCAGUGUGCCAAACUUUUGGAGGCGCCAUGCCUACCAAGUGGGACCAUACACCCUGCACCUUGAUGACAUCGAGCACGGCAUCCUGAGAGGCAACCAGCCACAUCCAACAACAGGCACCACCAUGUUUCUGGAUGAUGACCCUCGUCUGGCCCUGACACUGCCUGCUGACCACCGCAUCCAUGGGGCACUCAACUGUGGCGCCAGGAGCUGUCCUCCUUUGCAAGCCUAUUACAAGGAGCAGCUGGAGCAGCAACUGGAUGAGGGGCUGCAUACAUUCUGCAACAGCAGCGUGACGCUCCUCGACGACAACAGUCUUGUCAUCAACUCCAUCUUCCAGUGGUUCAGAGUUGACUUUGGCUCCACUGAAUCCUCUGUCCUUGAGUGGCUGGCUGAACAGGUGACAGACCCCACCACAACACAGGCACUCCUUCAGGCCUCCAGGGGACAGCGCCACUUCAGAUACAGCUAUGACUGGACCCUGAAUGCUGUGUCAGGGGCGGGCGGCGGCAAGGUGAAGGUGGACGUGUACUUCUCGUCCCUGUGUUCAGACACCGUGAGGUUCUUCAAAAACCAGCUGUACCCUGCUUGGACGCAACUUCAGGACAUUAUGGAUCUUAACCUUAUACCUUUCGGCAAGGCCAAGGCCUUACCGAUGGGCAAUGGCGAUUACUUCUUCGAUUGCCAACACGGAGCCAAUGAAUGCUACGGGAACAAAGUGAUGGCCUGCAUUCAGAACUCCUUCCCCAUCGCCACGCAAGUCAAAAUGAUCCACUGCAUGAUGUCCAAAGGGUACCCUGCCUUCGCCGGUCCAGAGUGCAGCAGGGAGCAUGGCAUUGAGUGGGCGGACUUGGAUAGGUGUUCCCAGAGCGCCACCGCCUCGGCGUAUCUUUACCAGAACGGCGUCAAGACCUCUGAACUCAAGCCUUCCGUGUAUUUCAUCCCCACUAUCACCAUCGACGGGCAAUACGGGGAAUCUCAGCUCAGGACCUCCCUGGGCUCCCUCAAGGACCAGAUCUGCAAGUUCCACAAAGGAUCCCCCCACCAGAAUUGCGUGUAACAUCGGAACCCUCGUCCUGCAGGGAGUGAGUGAGGAGAAGUGUGCCCGUUCCAGGACACGGUGGUGAGCUCUCCGUUAUGUUACCAUCACAUCAACAUCACCUCCUAUUUCUGAAGCUGAGCAAGCACCUCAACACCUGCUCUGCUCUGCUCUGUGAGGACUAUAAGUGUCAUUUGCAUACCAGAAUAUCAAUCUCCACUUGGUGUCACUGACCAGGCACACCACAGCACACCCCAGCUCACUCAACACACCGCACUGCCAGCACCGGUGUAGCCUACAGCCCGAGACCAGGAAUCUCACACAUGCACUCACUCACACAUCACUUGCACUUUAGCCUUUUCUGCUCUUGGUGGAAAGGGACAGUUUCAUGGACCAUCCUAUUAACCACAGGAGGUUAGUCACAGCACAGCGCUGGCCACACAUUUCCACAGCAAGACCUGAGAAUUAACAUAUACCGUGACCUUGUCCCUUCUUCGCCACACUCCAGCCAUCACACCACCACAGAUACAGAAUAAUGGAACGCCAUGAUUACGAUGAACAAUAAUAAUCAGUAAUAAGAAUAGAAUAUCUGGAACAGAGAACAUGCAGCGGUGGUCUGGUGGUCUGUCAGAUGUUCAGUGUCUGCACAGUACUCUCAAUAUCAGUGAUUACACACGUACACACGUACACACAUGUGUCUGGGGAUAAGAAGUACUGGUGUAGUAUAAUGUUUUAUUAGCAACAUCUUGAAGCUUGAAUUUUGAAGAUAUUAGUAGUUCCAGCGCUGCGUCUUUUAGUUUUCUUGUCACUGCAUUCGCCACAUUAGUUUGCGCCAUACAGUACACAGUACACUGUACAGUACAGGACUAGCAAGGAAGAAAUACCGGCUUGCAUUACAUUGCAUUUCUUUUUAUUCUAUGUAGUUUUUCUUUAUUUUAUUUUUCACUGUUCUUUUUAUACUCUCUCUCUCUCUCUCUCUCUCUCUCUCUCUCUCUCUCUCUCUCUCUCUCUCUCUCUCUCU